AUGUGCAGAGCUCUCAGAAGAAUUCAAACAAACACAUGUGCUGCGGCCACUCGACACGGUUCGCUUGACAGCGAUAGGUUUUUUCUCCAACACUUUUACCAGCAGCAGAGGCCAUCGAAAGAUCAGAAAAAAAUGAUAAAAUUAGAGAAAUAAUAAUAAUAUUACCGGAUUUAAUGAUAAAAAAAUACAUGCCGCUGGAAAAAAAAGCAAUUUCCUGUUCCAAAUGAUUCUGCGGAAUUCAGAAAAAGUCGUCAGAGUGAAAAAAAUCUGAAUUUUGGAGAGAAAGAAAAAAAGUGACACAUUUAUCAGUUGAUUUUUUUAAAAAAAUAUCUCUCAACUUUGCGAAAAAAACUAAAAAAACUUUCGAGAAGGUGCUACUCGUUCCUUUUUUUCCUGUUUUUCGAAAAACAGGAGAAUAUCUAAUAAAACAAAGAAAAAAGCCAAUUUCGACAUUCUUAAGAACUUCUGAAUAUGCAAGCAAAAGAAUUUUUGAAGCAAUUUGCACACAAAUUUUAUCUUGCAAUCCAAGUGAAAUUUUUCGAAAAAAAGGUCAAUAAAUUAUUAUUUUGAUAAUAUCAAAUUUUAAAACUGCUCAAAAAUUUUUUUAAAUUCUAUGCGAACUUUCACAAGUUAUUCUUCACUUUUUUUCAAACAGUGAUUACGUUAUUUUUUCAUAGGAAGAUAAAUUUAAAUCGAAAAAAAAAAAUCAGAGAAGACGAUGGAAAAAAGAAAACGAUAAUAAAUUGAGAAUUCAAAAUUUAUGAAAGUGAUUGAAAUACUCAGAAUGAGUUAGAGAGGCCUAAUAGAAAAGCGGAAAGGAGCAAGUAAGGAGCCGCCUCCGGACAGCCCCAAGGGAUCGCGAACAAGUUCACGUGAGACAUAACUAUGAAUAAUACGCACAUUGAGAUGCAGCCGUGGCUUUUUGGCAUCUCGUGCCCAUCAAAACGAAGGAGAAGCGCAGUGCCGGCCGAAAACACAUCCAACAAUAUCGACGACUCCUCUCCGUUGCUUGCCAGUUUGAGGAAAAGGCCCUCCACUUUCAAGCAUUUAUUGUUUUUCACUCCGUCGUCGAUUCCAAUUACCCUAUGUGGUAUAAUUCAUCAUCUCUAAUGUGAUCGAUGGAGCAUAGUUCAAAGCAGGGAAAUGCAAGCGAUUAAAAAAUACAUGCGUAGUAGGUUCAUUGGAUAAAAAAAAUUAAGUCACUAAAAAUGUUGUGGUACGCAUCUUCAUAUACAUGAAAUUAAUUCAAAAAGAUUUUGCGUCCUUUUUCUCAAUAAUCUUAUUUCAACUAGAGAAGGAAAGCAAAAAAAAUGCGAAAAUAAGCCCUAUUUCUCCGCCUAAUUACAGAAAAUAUCUUUGCAGCUGAAAAUAACGUUUAAAAGCCUUCAAGGAGGGCCAAAAUGAAGUAAAACUUAUGGAUAAAAAAGUUCUAUAAAACACUAAUUAACAAGUGAAGGACACAAGGAACGAAAAAAAAACGAACGUCACAAGCAUUGAUAAGUUGAACUGCGAAAAAGAAAGAAACUCACAUCUCAAAGAAAUUUUCUAAGAUAUAUGAAAAUAAAUAACUAACAAAAUUAGAUCAGAUCUACAAAAAAACGACAAUCGAUUGAGCUAGUGAAAACAAAACGAAAAACGACGCGUUACAUUUUUAAAUUUUUAAUACAAGUGCGCUCCAUCGUGAAUUUUUUCGUACUUCGAGAAAUUUAAACCAUUUCCUUCCCUGUUUGGACUCUAUUAAUAAAAAAAAUUUAUUUUUAAUUUUUUUGAACACUCAUUUUUUUCUCAACAGGAUAGAAAAACUUCGACAAACUUCAAGAAAAAUUCUAAUAUGAAAAAAAGGUAUAUAUCGAAAAUUCACGGCGUUUCUGCCAGUUGAAGAAAAAUGCAAAGGAAUUUGAAACCCGGCAAAGUCUGCGCACUUUUCGAAAUUCGCCCGCGAAAUUUGAAAAAAAGUGGCUUUAUUUUUUUGAUUUUUUUGUCAAUUUUUUUCAUAUUUUUUUCACUUUUUUCUUUUCGUAGAUUGCUGAUAGUAUUGCGGGACCACGAUCGGGGUAUACUCUGGGUUGUUAGACGUUUUUUUGAAAGUAGUUCUGUGAGGCUAACUUUAAAAACUCGUGAUGAAGAAGCGUUUUGAAAAUCUCCACCUGUUUGUAUGGAACAUGUUUCACCCCAUUUUAUGUUUUUCUUAUUCUAUUUUUUUGUCGAUUGUUCAGAUUCCUAGGUUGUGGACAUCAAUGAGAUGAAGUUACAUGAAAAAAGUCUGUGAAGUUGAGAAAGUAUGUUCCGGAAUUCAUUUAUAUCCGGAUAUUCCGUCAACUUUUUAUAAUAAAAAGUACUUGCUGUAAAAACAUCUUUUUAUUUGUUUCUCCACAGCAAUAUAGUUUUAUUUAAUCUCUUUUAAUUUCCUCGUCUUUUUUCUUCAAUGUUCAUUCGUUUCUCACACUUAUAUCAUCGGUUAACCUUAUUUUUCCAAAUUUUUUUGUGCGUGCACUAAACACGUCCUAAUUGACGGAGAAAAAGUGGGCGGGGCGUCGCAAAAAGAAACACCGUGAAUUCUAAUAUUCUGAACGUUUUUUUAACAGUUCAAAGUGAGAAAACUGGAAACUAUAAUUUUUUUCAAAAAAAGAAAUUUUUUUCACACUAUACUUGGGUACUCAUAAAAAAAAUGCUGCAAAGAAAUCACUGUGAUAGAUUAAAAAAAUUUUUUUUUGCAAUCUAGGGCGUGUUUUCGAGUAUAGAGAAAGUCAAAACACAUCAAUAUAACGUGCAGAUCUGAACGUGGUUUUUUCUUCGAAGAAAACAGUGUUCAGCAAGGAUUGAAGCGCUGUUUCAAGACGUUUGCGUUCAAAAGCUUGAGAAGAGUGUCUCGGAGGAGCAGAAAAAACGAACAGAAAAGUGCUAAUAACGUGCUCAAUUGCACGAAAAGUGUCAAACGGGAGGUUAGGUGACGCAGAAAAAAAAAACGGCGGAUAGAAUCGAUAUCUAUACGUACAGGCGUGUCGUUGGCGUGUGUGUUGGGGCUUGUCGAGUGGCCAUCCUUCCUCUAUGGCACACUUGGAACCCAUGUGGCCAACGUACACCCAAAUCGAACCUCCGUUUCCGCAUCUGUUCAACCCAGAUGCUCAUUUUCGCACAGCUUCGUCACCUUCCUCAUUCUUGCGCGUUUCUAAUUGACCGUUCUUAUUACAAAAAAAUGGUUUGCAAUAGAUUAAAAAUCGUAGGUAGAGCUCAAACAAAUAAUUUUUUGAUGAAUAAAACUAUAAAUAAUGGGAAUGACUUAAUGAAGCAACCGGAUAGCAGGCCGCGACGCAUCAUCGCGAUGGGAAUUAGCGAUUGUUUACGCCGUUGGAGGCAACCAUCGCGCUCGAAAUGUUUCAUUUUGCUGAGAAUGCUCAUACUCACACUAUAGAUGCUUUCAGGAAAUAGGCCAGUCUAUAUUACAGUUUGAAUGAAAAAAAAAUCGAGAAAAUAAGUUUGCAUAAAAUGUUUUUUCAACCUCUCAAAGUUAGUUUGAAAAUCGAAAACAUAAACAAGAUAAAUUCAUAUCCAAAAAAACCAAUGUUAUGGGAAAAAAAAUAGACAAACGAGAAUAACCUUUUAAAUAUCGAAAAAAAAUUUUUUUAGAUAAAAUUAGUGAAGAAAAAAGAGAAACAAAAAAACAAAAAAAUAAAAAAAGUUGCAUUCACUGAACAAAGUAUCGAAAAAAGUUAUUGUAAAACUUUCAGAGGAGAUUGGUUGAACCAACCAAAUAAGAAUCUCGACACGGUUAAAACAGAAAAAUGCUUCGUAGAGACUGAGACGACAUGGGUUUUUGUUUUUAAUGCCGUGUUCAAAGUGAUUCCGCGAAAUUCAAAAUAGCCGUCAGAGAAAGAGAAAGAUAACUAAAUUUUGGAGGGUCAGAGACCAUUUUGCAUUUCGCGGAAAUUACUUUGAACACGGCAUAAAAUCAACAGUAAACAGGCUAUAAUAAAAUUCACCGAGUAGGAAAUUUUCAAACCUGUUACAAAGAGAUGUUUUCAAAUUUAUUAUGAACUAAAUAAUAAUAAAAAAACGAGAGGUCGACUUCAAUAUUUCAGUCAUCUCGUCACGAAGAAAGGCUCUUUGAGUGGCGGUUUCGGCUUUCAAUUACGCGCGCUGGCGACAAUAAUUAUGCUGGUGCCAUACUCUACGACGUCUUCUGCACUGGAGCAUCUUUACAAUGA